AAAUUUUGUAGACCGAUAAUUCGUGUUAUCAGUUAGAUAUAGCUCGUAUAAUCACGGGACUCGAUCGUUAACUUGCAGAAGGACAUGAGCACACCUAGGCCUGGUUUUACAGACAAGCCUUGGCUAAAGCUAAAGCUAAAGCUAGUAACUUAUUGGGCAUUAUUUAAAUUAUGAUUUUUAAGCAUCUUUUAUAAACAUGCUUUGGAAAAGACGAUACUGUGUAUUUUGAGAUGAAUCAAUUGUGCAAGUUAUUUUCAUCCCAAAAGUAUUUUUAGUCUAGGACUAACGUUAGCAUUAAGCCUUGAAUGUGAAACCGGGGGAAAAGUUUAACUGUGGCAUGCGAAAAGUGUCUCUUUAAUCAAUAACUAACGUUAUUAUAUUUCUAAAAAUCUUAUGUUUAACAUUAUGUGCAAUGCUUUGAAAUCCUGUUAACUUUUAUAGUUUUGUGCACGAUCUACACACUUUUGUGCUUAGAGAAAUUGGUAUUAAAAAGGAAAAUAUUCCUAAACCGCCAAUAUCCAUUAAAUGACUGUUUAUGUAAUGAAUGGGGUAAAUUGCAAUAUAUGCAUAAAGUAUGUAUGUAUUGCUGGUUCAUAUUAAAGAGCCCCUAUGACAUUGCUAAAAAGAACAUCUUUCUCUGUUACAGAUGGUUCCUCAUCUAUGUGUUUGUACUGUUAAUAAACAGUGAACAGGUCUCUCUGAACGUCACAGUUCAAUAUUUUGUUGGAGAUUCAGCGAUUUUAAACUGCUCAUACUCAGAAGAUAUAAAUGAAGUAGACACAGUGUUUUGGAGACUCAAUGGAAGUAAGAAGGUGUACGAGUUUAGUCCAGUCAAUAUUUCACAAGAUGUAAAGAGCAAAAGCAUCAGAUUUGAAUCUUUUCCUGACGAGUAUAAAAGGGGGAACUACUCUAUCAAAAUUAAGGAACUUAAAACAAAUGAUGAAGGCAAGUACACCUGCUUCAUCAUACCAGCAGAUCAUUAUGAGGACAUGUAUCUCAUCAUCAAAGCCAGAGAGGGACAGACCUCGAUUGAAGAUGAAAACCAAAGCACACAAACAAAACCAUGGCUUAUUACAACAAUUUGUUGCAUUGUAAUUGUAAUUUUAAUUUCCUGUUGUGUUUGUGUUUUCUACAUUAUGCGCAAAAAACGAUUAUGCAUGUUCAAGCCACAUUAAUGUUUUUGCAUUAGAUAUCAAGUUUUCAGACCAAAUGGUAUCUGUAAACAAAUGAUGAUGGAACUUUUCCUAAAACU